CCGCCCCUCGGGCCCCGGCGCCAAACGAGGAGGUGGGCAGCUGCGCCGGCCAUGGACCGCCAGAGCUGAAGGGCCGCCGCGGAGCCCCUGGCCCUCGCCCCUCCCCAGCCCCACGCCCGCGGUGCCCUCGCCCCUCUUCGCCCUUCGCCUAGGGAAGGCGGGGGAAAGACGGGGAUUAACCCGAAGAGAGAAAGAGGGGAGGGGGGAGCCAGUGUCUCUCCCGGGGCAAUCGCUCAUCGCCCCCGAAACCGCCGCGCAGAGCGUUCGAGGGACGACUUUUACCCAUUUUGCGCCCCCUUUUUGCCAAACCCUAAAAUGAAAGGACAAAAGUUGGCGCUGACUCUUGUAGUCCGGAUGGCGACUUGUGCAUUUUCAGCGGCAUCUCCCGGAGAAAAAGCCGUGCGCGCCUGAUUGUUCUGUGGUCCCAAAGCUUCAGUGUGUGGGUGGGUGGGGGGUGGGUGUGUGUCUGUGUGUGUACACAGACGUCCACACACUCACUCGCGGCCACAGGAUCAGCGCCUGGAAGCAGACGUUUCGGCCACAGACUUGGAGAGGAGGAGCUGGAGAUCAGGAGGCGUGAGCCGCCGGGAGUUUGCAGAAUCCGUGGUGUGAAUGAACUGGGGGCACCUGGGCGCGCGGAUCGCCCCCGCCCCCGCCCCGGGCCAGAGUUGAGUAGUGGGGCAUUUUUUUCACCCUCUUGUGAAGAAUUUUUUUUUUUUUUAUUAUUUGUUGUAAAGUCUUUUGCACAAUCACGCCCACAUUUGGGGUUGGAAAGCCCUAAUUACCGCCGUCGCUGAUGGACGUUGGAGAGGGAGCGCCUCGCGGAGGAACAGUCGCCUGCACGCCCUCGCCGGACCCGCGGCUCCCUUGUUGCGCGCGGGCUCGGCUUUGCCCCUGCUGCCGGCCGGCGGGCUUCGGCGCGCCAUCGGUUCCCGGGCGCAUCCCGGCGCUGCUCCGGCUCGGGCCCUCGGACUCGGGCGCCAGUGACCGCUUCGCCACCGAUUUCCUGCGCCUGCCGGACGCGCCAAGGAGGAGCCCAAAGCUCUGCGCGGGAUCGUCCCCCCAGGCUUAACCCAGCCGCUCCGCUCGGAUUCCUCGGCUGCCCUCGCUCUGGUGGCGACUUCCUCCCCGCGGCCGCGUCCCCUCCCCCUCGCCAUGAAGAAGUCGAUUGGAAUAUUAAACCCAGGAGUUGCUUUGGGGACGGCUGGAAGUGCAAUGUCUUCCAAGUUCUUCCUAAUGGCUUUGGCCAUAUUUUUCUCCCUCGCCCAGGUUGUAAUAGAAGCCAAUUCUUGGUGGUCGCUAGGUAUGAAUAACCCUGUUCAGAUGUCAGAAGUAUAUAUCAUAGGAGCACAGCCUCUCUGCAGCCAGCUGGCAGGACUUUCUCAAGGACAGAAGAAACUGUGCCACUUGUACCAAGACCACAUGCAGUACAUCGGAGAAGGCGCGAAGACGGGCAUCAAAGAGUGCCAGUAUCAGUUCCGGCAUCGGCGUUGGAACUGCAGCACCGUGGACAACACCUCUGUGUUCGGCCGGGUCAUGCAGAUAGGCAGCCGCGAGACGGCCUUCACGUACGCGGUGAGCGCCGCGGGGGUGGUGAACGCCAUGAGCCGCGCGUGCCGCGAGGGCGAGCUGUCCACCUGCGGCUGCAGCCGCGCCGCGCGCCCCAAGGACCUGCCGCGGGACUGGCUGUGGGGCGGCUGCGGGGACAACAUCGACUACGGCUACCGCUUCGCCAAGGAGUUCGUGGACGCGCGCGAGCGGGAGCGCAUCCACGCCAAGGGCUCGUACGAGAGCGCGCGCAUCCUCAUGAACUUGCACAACAACGAGGCCGGCCGCAGGACGGUGUACAACCUGGCCGAUGUGGCCUGCAAGUGCCACGGGGUGUCGGGCUCCUGUAGCCUCAAGACGUGCUGGCUGCAGCUGGCCGACUUCCGCAAGGUGGGCGACGCCCUGAAGGAGAAGUACGACAGCGCGGCGGCCAUGCGCCUCAACAGCCGGGGCAAGCUGGUGCAGGUCAACAGCCGCUUCAACUCGCCCACCACGCAGGACCUGGUCUACAUCGACCCCAGCCCCGACUACUGCGUGCGCAACGAGAGCACGGGCUCGCUGGGCACGCAGGGCCGCCUGUGCAACAAGACGUCGGAGGGCAUGGACGGCUGCGAGCUCAUGUGCUGCGGCCGCGGCUACGACCAGUUCAAGACGGUGCAGACGGAGCGCUGCCACUGCAAGUUCCACUGGUGCUGCUACGUCAAGUGCAAGAAGUGCACGGAGAUCGUGGACCAGUUCGUGUGCAAAUAGCGGGUGCCCGCUGCCCGCGCGUCACCCAGCCCUGCUCCCGGACCCACUUAUUUAUAGAACGUACAGUGAUUCUGGUUUCUCUUUAAUAUUGUUUUAUUCCCCCCGCUCCCCCCAGCAUUGCAACCGGAAGCAUUUUUUUUCUGUUCCCACUUAAGAACUCUGUGGUUUAUUAUUAAUAUUAUAAUUAUUAUUUGACAAUAAUGGGGGGGUGGGAACCAAGACAAAUAUUUAUUUUGUGCAUCUUUGGAAAGGUAAGACAAGACUUCUUUUGAUGGUAUAGGAUGAGGGGGGAUUACAAGUACCCUUAGUUGUGUGCACAUCUAGAAGGGAAAGGAAAGAUGUUUUCUCUUUCUCAACUGUGGGGUCAAAUAUAGGACAGGUAGCAACCAGCUGGAAGGGGGUGGUACAGCUCUAUGCAUGAUUCAGCUUCUGUGACCAAAAUGGAUUGUCAGUGCUCUAGGGAACCCAGAAGGGUCUUGAGAGAAACAAACACGAAAUGAGACCCACCCCUUCCCUAGGGGCUGCCAGUUGGAAACAUUUUCAAACUGGUAAUUUAAAAAGUAACAGCAAAAAUCUCACAUCCCUCCAAGAUGUAUCAUUUGUCUCCUUUUUCUCAAAUGUUCAAUCUGCACAGGGUUCUGUACCAGCAGCUACUGAAACUUGGGGAACAGGCAGGAAAGCUCCGGAAGUUAAAAGCCUUAAAAACUCCCAUAUCAAGAUCCUGAUCUGACGCUGUUACAGGAAUUAGGUUAUCAGAUUGGAAAAGGAUCCCCGAAUGAUUCUGGGUACUAGCCUUUUCGUUUGGAGAGAGGUGGGGAGGUUGGCCUGAAUAUAAAAAACAAAACAAA